UCUUCCGUUCCCCUCCCCUUAUUUAUACUGCUCAACGCCCCCUCCCCCGCUCUCUCUCCCCUUUAUUCAUCGUUCGUCCUCCUAGGAAGGAGCGAAAAUGGCCUCUUCUCAGCCCCCGCUCUCACCGCCGGUGACCGCACCCUCCUCUCCUCCUUCUGCUUCUGGUCACCGCGCGGUUCUCCUCAGCUCAAUCACCUCCCUCCUCCUCCUCCUCCAGUAAUUCCAACAGCCCGUACCUCUCGAACCCUAAUUUUAACCCCUCGAUGGCCAUCGUCAUCGUCGUCCUCAUCUCCGCCUUCUUCUUCCUCGGCUUCUUCUCCAUCUACAUCCGCCAGUGCGCCGGCGACCGCCGCGGCUCCGAGGCCUCCAACGCCCCGCAACCGCGGCGCCAACGCCCGCUCCCGUCGCCAGCGCGGACUCGACCCGGCGAUCCUCGCGACUUCCCGACCCUCGUCUAUUCCGACGUCCGGGACCACAAGCUCGGCAAGGCGCUGGAGUGCGCCGUAUGCCUGUCGGAGUUCGACGACGACGAGAGCCUCCGCCUCCUCCCUCGCUGCGAUCACGUGUUCCAUCCCGACUGCAUCGACGCCUGGCUCGCCGCCCACGUGACCUGCCCCGUCUGCCGCUGCAACCUAGAAGAACCCCCCGCGGACCCGCAGCCCGAAAUCGGCCAAAUCGACCGAACAAACGCGAACGCCGCUCGGCCCGAACCCGAGCCUCAGCAGGUGGCGAUUCAAGUCGGCCCAGCCGAAGAGGACGAAGAGAGGAAGGCCGAGAUCGAGAACUUGGAAAAAUUCGUCAACACGAAGAGGGCGCGGUCGAGGGCUCGACCAGCGAGGUUCCCGCGGUCGCACUCGACUGGGCACUCACUAGUGAUGCCGGGGGAGAAUCUCGAUAGGUUCACUCUUCGAUUGCCGACGAAUAUUCGAAAGGAGAUCGUGGAGAGGGCGGAGAUGAUGCAGAGGGCGAAGAGCUUGGGGGUCUACCCAGCUGAGGGAAGCUCGAGGCGAGGAGGAGGAGGAGGAGGAGGGAGGAGCAUACAACUGGGGAGGUCCGAUCGAUGGGGGUCGUUCUUGAUGAGGACGCUCUCCAUGAAGAUGACGAAUUGGGGGAGGAGAGGGGACGGCGAUGGGUCGUCGUUGAUUAGGGGGUCGUCGUCGAUUAGGGGCGGGUUUUUCCGGCGAGGGGAUUCGAUUAAAGGCGAGGGGUCUACGAAAGGAGGAGGUGUGAAGUUCAAUGCUUUUGAUUGCUACGGCGGAGCGGCGACGAAGAGCGAGGAGUCUCAAUCGUCGGCGUUUAAUCGGGUGUGAACUAUUAUUUUUUAAAUUGAUUUUUUUUUGGGUAUUUUGAUUUUCUUUUUCUUUUCCUCUUUUUCUUUUUAUUUUUUUUAUUGGGUGAUCUUGGAUUAGAGAAGGAUUACUGUGAUGUUUUGCCGUUGAGGUAUGUACAGAGAUUGUUAACGUUAUAAAUUGGUUAGAUAGGUAAAAUAAGCUAUGGUUGUUGUAAAA